AUGUCAGGUCGCGGCGGUAGAGGAGGUCGAGGGGGCCGUGGUGGCCGCGGUGGUUUCGCAGCAGGUCGCAAGGCCGCGCCCCAAGGAAUGCCUGGCGCCGACGAGCCUGGUCUGAUGUUCAAUGAGAAGCCUCAAGACACAUAUCCCAAAUCCUACAACCCCCCCAUCGCACCCCCCCUCGACGACUCCGAAUCCCGCGCCAUAGCCUCCUUCGUCGCGUUCCGACGCGCCUUCCACAGCACGCCCUUCUACACGCACCGACACCUAGCCAACACGACCGGCGACGCAGCAACAUCCAAGCCCGCCGACCCCGUGCGCCGCUCCUACGGACAGCCGCAAAUCAACGCGCGCUUCGCUGUCAAGAACCGCGCCACCCUAGACCCCUUCCAAGCCGUGCCCAUGUACAGCCACAAGUUCGCCGACGAGACGCGCACGCUUCCCGACCUGAAGGCCCGCGAGCACGAGUACGUCCGCGCCCUGUUCCCCGAGGAGCUAUGGGCCACGUUGGACGGGAAGGAUAUGGGCGGGCCUAAGGGCGGGUUUCUGGGGAGCAAAGCGUCGCGGGAGAAGAGGGGCGUUAAGCGCAAAGCGAUGGUAGUAGAUGGCGACCCGUUUGCUAGUGAUGACGAGGGAACCGGAACUAGAGCAGAUGGCCUGCGCAGACGUCCGCACGAGGACGAGACGGAGGAGGAGCGCAAGGCGCGCAUCGACGCGGCGAUAAAAGAUGGUGAUAAUGAGGAUCCAGCCAACCCCGAGGACGUGGACUUGGACGAGGAGGAAGAAGAGAUGUCGCAAGAAGACGAUGAUUACGGAGAUGACGAGGGCGGCGAUUACGAUGCGGAGGCUUACUUCGACGCGGGAGACAACGACGACUAUGGGGAAGAUGAAGGGGUUGGGGAGAGCGCUAUGGAUUUUUAG